AUGGACGUACCUAAUGUACUUCAUGAAAAAUACUAUGCCGAUUUUGCUCCGACGAAGUCCGCUCAGGCGAUGCACAAGGCUGGGUCUCAGCUUUUUUGCUCUGAAGAUUUAAUCGUCAAAGGGAAAUUGGGGAACGGGUACUUUGCUUCUGUGUUUUUGGUUCUCCAUCAUCCGACAAAUCAGCUGAUGGCAAUGAAAUUAACCAACGAAGCAUCAGUACAGCGGCGGGAAAUGGAGCUUCUCAGCUCUUUGAACCACGAGAAUGUGAUCAAGUGA